CGCGUGUACGAGUUUAGCACCUCGCCUCGACCGCCACAGGCUCGUUUCUGCUAGCACAAUUCACCGUGCAACAGUGUGGCGGGGAAAUCGACCGGUAGGUGUGUGCAGGCUGCACUACACCGAGGUGAACAACUUGCAGCUUAGCUUCUACUAGUGGAGAGCCAGCUCAUCUUGCGUUCUUAGAAGCUAGAAGACUGCGAAGUGAGUGUAGCCUGCACCGUUCAUCUGUUCAUCUGUCUCACUAGUACUGGUAGUCUUUACUGUCCAAGCAAGGCUUCUUGAAAAUGAAGUUCGUUCGCUGUCAUCCUUUCCACAAAGUGCAUCAGGCCAGGUUCUGAAUGAGAAAAGCUGCUCACAGACUGCCGGCGCUAUCUCUGCGCUGGGUAGUGUGUUACUAGAUUUCGCCGUGAGCAGUGCAUGGAUAUUGUGCGCGUGUGAUAGAAACUCGAAUCCUGUUGUCCAGCGGCUCAAGCACUCACCACUACCUACCAGAUAACCACCACGAAUGAUUCUAAGGUCCUGAAUAUUCACAAUGGCAGCUGCGGAAAAAUCAACUGUAUUUUCCAAUGAACCAGCCGUGCAGUGCGAAAUCAAGACAAAAGAGCCCGAUUCUGAUCUGGCCGAGCGGAUACAGGCCAUAUCAUGCUCGGACGACCGAGGAACUCAGGACAUCUCUGCGAAUCGCAACGUGGUGCAAGACAUGAGCGCAGUUGAUCAAGCCGGCAAUGCUGCCGUUAAUGACGCUGAAAGUGGUGAUCUGUCGGCAGAGAUGCAUUUCAAUUUGGCAGCAGACGACCCAGAGGAAAACACGCCAGAGGCAUACCCAACAUCUGCUCCAGUUAUGAAUGACGAUAGUACGGCUGAGAAACCAACCAAACGCCAGUCAGCCUGGAACACAUUUCCAUCGCUCAGCCGUACCAGAGAAAGUGAGACUGAAUGCGGAGCGGAUGCACAGCGUAAUCACAGUUCAUGCUGUUCUGUUCGUUCCACGUACUGGCCACUGGUGCUACUGGCUACCUUGCUGUGUCCACUGAUGGCAUUACCGGCCAUAUACUUCUUGUACAAGACGUACAAGAAUAUAGAAAAUGGCCGAUACGACGAUGCAGCGUGGUCCGGACUAGUUACUCGCUUUGCAGCCGUGUUUGCACUGGCGUUGGAGCUCAUCCUCUGGGCUAUCAUCAUUGCAGUGUGUUCCGACAGUGCGGUCUUUUUUCGGUGUUUCUCGUGUCGGAAAGACAUAGUGUGAUUGUUGUACCGGAGCUUGAAUGUUGUGUCUGCCGAGCCGAUGUACACCUUUUGUUCCUCCUGGCAGGCUACGGUGGCUUCAUAGACGAUUUGUGUGGCUUGGCAGUGGCCAUCCAGCGGACAUUCCGUUUUUUUUCCUGCAGUUACAUGGUUUUUCUGGGCUUUUUCCGUGAGAUGUUGUUUGUUGUGGCUGCUGAUUUUGGCUGCGACGUUGGGGAGGCAGGAGUAGCUAACUUUGACGUUGUUGUGAUUGAAUAUCUUUUUUUGCUAGCUGUUUCUGAAAUGCCGGUCAAUGAGCCUCAGGAAUCCGGCGGCGACGUUCGUUUUCAC